AUGCGUCGCUCCAUCGCCCGCAGCGUCCCCGCGCUCGCCUCCCGCGCCAGGCCCUCCCUCACCCCUCGCCUCGCCGGCCUCUCAACCACAACCCCAAUCCAAGCUUCCAAGCCCACCAUCCGCACUCUCCACAUCACCUCGCGCUCCCAGCAAGCCUCCUCCGCCGGCGUGAAGCUCACCUCCACCACGACCUCCUACCCAACUUCGCACGAGAAGAUCCAGAACCCCGUCGACACCCCCUUCUUCAUCGACAACAAGUUCGUCGCCUCCACGACGAGCGAGUUCAUCGACCUCCACGACCCCGCCACCAACAACCUCGUCACCCGCGUCCCGCAGAACACCGACGAGGAGCUCCGCGCCGCCGUGGCGAGCGCGCAGGCCGCGUUCCCGGGAUGGCGCGCCACGAGCAUCGUGUCGAGGCAGCAGAUCAUGUUUAAGUUCGUGCAGCUGAUUCGCGAGAACUGGGACCGUCUGGCUGCGUCCAUCACGCUGGAGCAGGGGAAGGUGGUUUCUGAUGCGAGGGGGGAUGUGCACCGUGGUCUGCAGGUCGCGGAGAGCGCGUGUGGUAUCACGUCCCAGCUUACUGGUGAGGUGUUGGAGGUGGCCAAGGAUAUGGAGACGAGGAAUUACCGCGAGCCAUUGGGUGUUGUUGCGGCUAUCUGCCCGUUCAACUUCCCCGCCAUGAUUCCACUUUGGUCCAUCCCAAUCGCCACGGUCACCGGUAACUGCCUGAUCCUCAAGCCAUCUGAGCGUGACCCCGGCGCGGCCAUGAUUCUCGCCGAGCUCGCAAAGGAAGCCGGUCUUCCAGACGGUGUCCUGAACAUUGUUCACGGCUCGCACAGGGCCGUUGACUUCAUCCUCGACGCGCCGGAGAUCAAGGCCAUCAGCUUCGUCGGCAGCAACAAGGCUGGAGAGUACAUCUACAGCCGCGGCUCCGAGAACGGCAAGCGUGUCCAGGCUAACCUCGGCGCGAAGAACCACGCUGCCGUCCUGCCAGACUGUAACAAGAACCAUGCUCUUAACUCCAUCGUUGGCGCUGCUUUCGGUGCUGCGGGACAGAGAUGCAUGGCCCUCAGCACCCUGGUCAUGGUUGCUGAGAGCAAGGACUGGCUCCCUGAGCUUGCGGACCUCGCUAAGUCGCUUGUCCUUAACGGUGGGUUCGAGAAGGACUCUGAUCUGGGACCGGUUAUCAGCAAGCACAGCAAGGAGCGUAUUGAGGGUCUGAUUGCUAGCGCCGAGGAGGAGGGUGCUACUAUCCUCCUCGAUGGCAGGGGUUACAAGCCCGCUGACCCCAAGUUCGCUAACGGCAACUGGGUCGGCCCAACCAUCAUCACCGGCGUCAAGCCCCACAUGAAGUGCUACACAGAAGAGAUCUUCGGCCCCGUCCUCAUCGCCCUCGAAGUCCCCACCCUCACCAGCGCCAUCGACCUCAUCAACGCCAACGAAUACGGCAACGGCGUCGCCAUCUUCACUAAGUCCGGCGCCACCGCACAGGCCUUCCAGAAGCACAUCGAGUGCGGCCAGGUCGGCAUCAACGUCCCUAUCCCCGUGCCCAUCGGCGUGUCGAACUUCUCGUUCACGGGCAACAAGAAGAGUAUUGCGGGUGGUGGCGCGAAUACGUUUUAUGGAAAGAUUGGACUCAACUUUUAUACGCAGCAGAAGACGGUGACGAGUUUGUGGAAGGAGGAGGAUGCGUUGGCUACGAAGGCUGAUGUGUCGAUGCCGGUGCAUCAUUAGGGGCCGGGUGUUUAAGCUAAGCUAAGCUGGUUGGUGGUUUGAAUGCAGAAUGUUAAAGCAAGCAAUAUUAAUAUUGUGUAUAUGUACACGUG